AUGGCAAUAGUGAAAGAUUCCUCAUGGGUUCCUACGUGCUCCCUUCCUUCUCCCUCCACCUCUCCCCCCCCAUCCUCCUCCCCUCCCCCUUUCCCCUCCCCAUCCCCCUCCGCCUCCCCUUCCCCCUCCCCCUCCCCCUCCCCUUCCCCCUCCGCCUUCCCCCGCUUCCUCACCUACGAGUGGUACCAUGGCUGCGGCGGUCUGGGGGACACGCUCCUGGGUCUCGCCUCUACAUUUGUCGUCGCGCUAUUGGACGGCCGCGUGCUGCUGAUUCGUCACCGCUGCCUGCCGUUCGCCUUUGAGCCGAACCUUAUGGACUGGAGAUUCCCGUCCACAUCAGCAUCUGGUGGCGGCGACAACCAACCAGGAUCGGCGAGCUUUGGUUCAGACGACCCUGAAUCCGCCUAA